GGCGGCAGUCCAGGCUGGGAGCGGAGCCGAGCGGCGCGGAGGGCGCGACCGGCGGCCGGGGUGGCGGGCUGCGCGCUGCCUUCGGGGCCUCAAUCCGUGCACCGAGGAGCGGGCGGCACCGCGGACCUUCCCCUCACCCCUUUCCGACGGGCCGGGAGCAGCGGGAUCGGGACCGCCCGCCCGUUCGUCGGGCGCCGGCACCAUGGCGCUGCGCGCCCGGGCGCUGUAUGACUUCAGGUCGGAGAACCCGGGUGAGAUCUCGCUGCGGGAGCACGAGGUGCUGAGCCUGUGCAGCGAGCAGGACAUCGAGGGCUGGCUGGAGGGGGUCAACAGCCGCGGCGACCGCGGCCUCUUCCCGGCUUCGUACGUGCAGGUGAUCCGCGCCCCGGAGCCCAGCCCCGCGGGCGACGGGGGCCCGGGCGCCCCGGCUCGCUACGCCAACGUGCCGCCCGGGGGCUUCGAGCCCCUGCCCGCCGCGCCGCCCGCCUCCUUCCGGCCUCCGGCCGACGCCUUCCAGCCGCUGCUGCAGCCGCAGCCCGCGCCGCCGCCGAGCUCCUUCCAGCCGCCAGGCACCGGCUUCCCGUACGGCGGGGGCGCCCCGCAGCCGCUCUUCGGUGGCGGCGGCUACCAGGCCAGCCAGGGCAGCGACGACGACUGGGACGACGAGUGGGACGACAGCUCCACGGUUGCCGACGAGCCGGGCGCCCUGGGCAGCGGCGCCUACCCGGACCUCGACGGCUCGUCGUCGGCGGGCGGCGGCGCGCCGGGGCGCUAUCGCCUGUCCACGCGCUCCGACCUGUCCCUGGGCCCGCGCGGGGGCUCGGCGCCCCCGCCGCAUCCCCACCACCCUCCAGGGGCCAAGAGCUCAGCCACCGUCAGCCGCAACCUCAACCGCUUCUCCACCUUCGUCAAGUCCGGCGGGGAAGCCUUCGUGCUGGGCGAGGCGUCGGGCUUCGUGAAGGACGGGGACAAGUUGUGCGUGGUGCUGGGCCCCUACGGCCCCGAGUGGCAGGAGAACCCCUACCCCUUCCAGUGCACCAUCGACGACCCCACCAAGCAGACCAAGUUCAAGGGCAUGAAGAGCUACAUCUCCUACAAGCUGGUGCCCACGCACACCCAGGUGCCCGUGCACCGGCGCUACAAGCACUUCGACUGGCUGUACGCGCGCCUGGCCGAGAAGUUCCCGGUCAUCUCGGUGCCGCACCUGCCCGAGAAGCAGGCCACGGGCCGCUUCGAGGAGGACUUCAUCUCCAAGCGCAGGAAGGGCCUGAUCUGGUGGAUGAACCACAUGGCCAGCCACCCCGUGUUGGCCCAGUGCGACGUCUUCCAGCACUUCCUCACCUGCCCCAGCAGCACGGACGAGAAGGCCUGGAAACAGGGCAAGCGGAAGGCGGAGAAGGACGAGAUGGUGGGCGCCAACUUCUUCCUGACCCUGAGCACGCCGCCCGCCGCGGCCCUGGACCUGCAGGAGGUGGAGAGCAAGAUCGACGGCUUCAAGUGCUUCACCAAGAAGAUGGACGACAGCGCGCUGCAGCUCAACCACACGGCCAACGAGUUCGCUCGCAAGCAGGUGACGGGCUUCAAGAAGGAGUACCAGAAGGUGGGCCAGUCCUUCCGCGGCCUCAGCCAGGCCUUCGAGCUUGACCAGCAGGCCUUCUCCGUGGGCCUGAACCAGGCCAUCGCCUUCACCGGAGAUGCCUACGAUGCCAUCGGCGAGCUCUUUGCUGAGCAGCCCAGGCAGGACCUGGACCCGGUCAUGGACCUGUUAGCGCUGUAUCAGGGGCACCUGGCCAACUUCCCGGACAUCAUCCACGUUCAGAAAGGAGCUCUUACCAAAGUCAAGGAGAGUAGGCGCCAUGUGGAAGAAGGAAAGAUGGAAGUCCAGAAGGCUGACGGCAUUCAAGACCGCUGUAACACUAUUUCUUUUGCCACAUUGGCUGAAAUCCACCAUUUCCAUCAAAUUAGAGUAAGAGACUUUAAAUCACAGAUGCAGCAUUUCUUACAACAGCAAAUAAUAUUUUUCCAAAAAGUGACCCAGAAGUUGGAAGAAGCUCUUCACAAAUAUGAUAGCAUUUAAUGACUGGACUUUGGAUUGUAGACUUUUUUAUUUUUCAGCUCAAGGAAAAUUUCUCCAGCAGAAUAAAAAGUGCUAUCAAAGAGCUAUUGCCAACUACCAGUGGUGGUACAAGGAUGGUUUUGUGUUCAACUGAAACCCAGCUGAAUCUAUAAUUACGUAGGAGAGAAACAGUUAAUAAGGUUAUAUAAUAGAAACAGUACCACACAUUGUAACUAAAUUAUACUAUGUAUGCCUACACUACCAUUGUAACUUUUGGAAUAAUGAUUAUACUAUUUGCCUUAUUGCUUUUUGAAGUAUGGGUAUUUUAGUGCAUACUUUGUAGACCUCAAAACCCAUGAAGGGUCUCAAAGAAGCUGGCUGGACAAAAGCCUGCUGUGGAUGCCUUUUUAUUCUCAUUGAUUGGGAUUACCUAAAUUCAACCUAUUCUCUGUUUACAACCUCCAACUAGAGCAGCUACUCGACUUUGUGCCUUUAAACUCUUGGUUUUUCAUCCCUACCCUCACCCCCCCUCCUUUU